UUCGAGCUCUGACUCUGAGGAGGGGCAGUUUCGAGAGUCUAUUUUAAUUUUUGGGGAAAGGAAAAUUGAGGGGUUCGCGCAUCUUCUCCAUUUUGUGCGUCGAGUGCAAAGAGCUUGAACAAGAACAAGCUUCUUUCUCGCAUCUCUUCGAGCUGAAGAAAAACGGAUUUGGACCGAAGCUCCGGCGACGGCAAGACCAGACCAGACCAGACCAGACCGGGUGAUUUCUUUUUGCUAUUAGAUUUCACACACUCUCUCUCACACUCUUUUUCGCUGCAGAUCUGACUAGACCACAGCAAGGUAGAAGAAAAAGGAAGGCAAAUUUCCCUCUACAAACAUGUCAACGUUGAGAAGAGCCUUGCUUAGUCUUCGUCAUACUCUGAACUCCAGUGCCAUGCCAAGGUGGACCACUGCUUCCAUCACUUCACAUCUCUCAGAAACGUCUUACAGAAAUCAUGUGGGUUCAAUUUCUCCUUUUUCUUCUAAUAUCCAAUCAUAUGAUAUUGAUCUUUCAAAUGAAGAAAGCAAAAGACGCACCUUUAAUAGGUUGUUGUAUCGAAGCCGACAACGAGGGUUUCUUGAAUUGGAUUUGGUGUUGGGAAGCUGGGUGGAGGAGCAUAUCUCCUCAAUGGAUGAGACUCGAAUUAAAGCACUCAUAGAUGUUCUUGACCUGGAGAACCCUGACCUGUGGAAUUGGCUGACUGGCCAGGAUCAACCACCAGAGGCAGUGAACCAAAAUCCAGUCUUUUCAUCUCUUCGUGACAAGGUUAUGAACAACCUCAACAGUCACUCUGCCCCUGAGACACGAGCAAUACCUGGGCAGCCAUGGGUUAGAGGAUGGGAUGAUAUAAAGAAGGGACGAGACAGCCCCAUAUCUGGGAACCAGUAACCCUUAUUACGCCCUUAAAAUGGGAUGCUUAAGGAGUUAUUAUAAUGUAAUUAAUAAAUAACGAAAGGGUAUUAUUUUCCCUUGGCUGAGCUUUGACUUAGAACUCUCAGGUGGAAGUAAAAUGAGUUAAGGUUAUAAGAAGCUGAUAGACUUGACCCCUCGGGCUAAAAUAAUGCAUCUUUCUGAAUGUCUUAUCAUGUAAUUGUAAAAAUGUAAUGUUUCUCUGACUAGUGAAAGAUGUUGGAUCUGCCAAUCCAAGGUGCA